AUGUGUAAGAGCGCCGUGUGCCUUUUUUUGGCACAGCAGCACAGUGAGUGAGCGAAGUUGCUGAACAGAGUAAAACACUUACUGAUCAUUGAUGGAUAACUGAACAGCAAAGAAUAACGGAACAACGGAAUAUAGUAACUGAACAGUCAACAAGCAAUAACUGGCAAUAAAAUGGACCAGCAGGCCCAGUCAUACAUGCUUGCCAGCCUGACGAGACCGCAUUCAGAACAGCUGCUGCAGGGCCUCCAGAUGCUCCGGCAGGACCGCGAGCUGUGUGAUAUAGUGCUGCGUGUGGGCAAUUCCAAGAUCCAUGCCCACAAGGUAGUGCUCGCCAGCAUUAGUCCAUACUUCAAGGCCAUGUUCACGGGAAACCUGUCAGAGAAGGAGAACUCCGAGGUGGAGUUCCAGUGCAUCGAUGAGGCUGCCCUUCAGGCCAUUGUAGAGUAUGCCUACACGGGCACGGUGUUCAUCUCUCAGGAUACAGUAGAGUCGUUGCUCCCAGCAGCCAAUCUACUGCAAGUGAAGCUCGUCCUGAAGGAGUGCUGUGCCUUCCUGGAGAGUCAGUUGGAUGCCGGCAACUGCAUCGGUAUCUCCCGCUUUGCUGAGACCUAUGGGUGUCAUGACCUGUGCAUGGCAGCCACCAAAUUCAUCUGCCAGAAUUUUGAAGAGGUGUGCCAGACGGAGGAGUUCUUCGAACUCACCCGAGCUGAACUGGAUGAGAUUGUCUCCAACGACUGCCUGAAGGUAGUAACAGAAGAGACAGUCUUCUAUGCCCUGGAGUCCUGGAUUAAAUAUGACGUGACAGAGCGGCAGCAGCACCUUGCUCAGUUGCUGCACUGUGUACGUCUGCCUCUGCUCAGCGUCAAGUUCCUCACCCGCCUCUAUGAGGCCAACCACCUGAUCCGUGAUGAUCACGCCUGCAAGCACCUGCUCAAUGAGGCUCUCAAGUAUCACUUCAUGCCCGAGCACAGGCUCUCCUAUCAGACUGUGUUGUCCACCCGGCCACGCUGUGCUCCUAAGGUGCUCUUCGCCGUGGGAGGCAAGGCAGGCCUGUUUGCCACUCUCGACAGCACGGAGAUGUACUUUCCGCAGACGGACUCGUGGAUUGGGGUGGCGCCACUCAGUGUGCCUCGCUGCGAGUUUGGCGUCGCUGUGCUCGACCAGAAGGUGUACGUGGUGGGAGGUAUUGCCACGCAUAUGCGGCAGGGCAUCAGCUACCGGCGGCAUGAGAGCACAGUGGAGAGCUGGGACCCCGAUACCAACACCUGGUCCACAGUGGAGCGCAUGGCCGAGUGCCGCUGCACACUCGGUGUGGUAGUGCUGGCUGGUGAACUUUAUGCCCUCGGCGGCUACGAUGGCCAGUACUACCUGCAGUCUGUAGAGAAGUACGUACCUAAGGUGAAGGAGUGGCAGCCCGUGGCACCCAUGACCAAGUCCCGCAGCUGCUUCUCCACUGCCGUGCUGGAUGGCAUGGUGUAUGCCAUCGGUGGGUAUGGACCCGCCCACAUGAAUAGUGUGGAGCGGUAUGACCCCAGCAAAGACACUUGGGAAAUGGUGGCUCCCAUGGCAGACAAACGAAUAAACUUUGGAGCAGGCGCUAUGUUGGGCUUCAUAUUUGUGGUGGGUGGACACAAUGGGGUCUCUCACCUGUCCAGUAUCGAGCGGUACGACCCACACCAGAACCAGUGGACAGCGUGCCGGCCCAUGAAUGAACCACGAACCGGAGUGGGCUCUGCCGUUGUCGACAACUACCUCUAUGUGGUGGGAGGUCACUCGGGGUCAUCAUAUCUAAACACUGUCCAACGCUAUGACCCCAUCAUGGACACCUGGUUGGAUUCCAGCGGUAUGAAGUACUGCCGUUGUAAUUUUGGUCUGACUGCCCUUUGACCUUGGUUACAUGGCUGAGGACUCCAAAAGGGAAGGCGACAGUUUUGCUUUCCUUUCAUUGUUUUUUAUAGCCUCUUUCUGUUUGUGUUUAUGGGACCGAGGAGGGGAAAAUGGCUAGUGUUUGAGCGUAAGUCUGAAGGGACACAACUCGUGAACCAUGCAGAUGAAGUCCACUGGGGACGGAGGCUAAGGGAAGAUCCAAAGGAAAGAGAUGCGAAGUCGAGGACCCCGCAAACGCAGGCAACUCGGACGUGGGCUCUCUAGUUCUUUGAAGCAUUCGGCAGCGAUUUGCGGUAGAAUCCUGUCCCUUGAUUCUCUAAAAGGAUCACCUUCUGUUGAGAUCGUAGAUGUGUUUGGCCAAGAGCAAGCGCUGUACUGCUCCGAGUGCCAUGCAAACCAAAUGGUUGAGGCGCAACUCUGAGCUCGCAACCUGCCAAGCUCUUGUGUGUGUGUGUGUGUGUGUGUGUGUGUGUGAGUGAGAGAGAGAGAGAGAGCGCACGAGAGAGACAUACACAGGCAAAGCUAGUAAAUCAUACUUUAUUGGUUCAGAUCUAUGAACCAGUGCUUCACAACAAAGUAUAAAGAAGACAAAAAAAAAAAUUAUACUCACUUUAAAAGGGCUGUUUUUUUUUCUCUCCUGUAAAUAGCUGAAAUGAAAAAUAUAUAUAAAAGUAUAUCCUCUACUGCAUUGCCUGUAAAUGUUUUCUGCACUGGUUUACUAGUUAGUGGAUGUGUAUUUGUCUUUGUUGAGAAGGUUGGGAUAAAGGAAAGACUGGGAAGCCUAUAAAAUGAUGCCGAAUCCCUAAGGCCAAUGUGCUCUUCGGGGACUAAACCGGUACGUGGCUGAUGGUUCAACAGGAAUGAGACGUGGAGCUUGUUUGCUCCCAGGUGUGUUAGUUGCACAUUGAUUAGUGGUCUUAAUGGAAUGGAAACCAUUCAGUUCUUUGGCUUCAUAGCGAUAGACCACUAGUCAUUUCCUGUGUUUUUUCCAGUUGUACACGUCUCGCAGAGUGAGAACAUUUCCAGCACAAAAACCAUUGCAGAGGGAGUUUUUGAACACAAUACUCUAACUGGUGCUAUUUAAGGAUUCAGGAUCAAGCUGUCUGAUGUCUCUUGGGUUGUGUGAUGCAUCACUCUGCAUGAAUUACCUUCCGUUUUUCCUAAGGUUUGUUUUACCUUUGUGUGUGCCUGUGUGUAUGAGAAGGAAAAAUAGAGGGGGGGCUUGCCCCUACAGUAAAGGACUAUGCUCAGUUGCAAGGAACUCUAAUUGCUGGAGAACCACAGACCUGCAGAUCUGGAGGAUUCUGCCCUGAAUACUUUGAAUAUCAUAGUAAUUUGAACUAUGCGGGGUCCAUAGCUGAGGCUGUGAAAAGAAGGCGAUGUCCGUUCUUCAGUGCCCGGCCUUCUUUUCUUUCUCUGUUAUGUAGUGGUCAUUGAGGAUCACGGUGAUGGUCAAAAGAAGGAUUGUCUGCUUCAUUACUGGGAUUUACAGUUUUGUUGAUAUCACACUCUAGUCUCACUUGAGAGGGCAAAGCUACCGCCACCUUGCUGGCCAAAGCGUUGUGCACUCGUGGUAGUGGAGCUCAACCCCUGGGUGAUGAGUGGGCGUUCACAUCUAGCCCUGCUUUGGAAAGUCACACACAACUUCUUUCACCUCCGCCCAGCUGCUGUGGGUCUCAGUGAGGAGGUCACAUCAGCACUUGUGUACAUGUAGCAUCAUGCAGUGAGGGGCUAGCUGUAGCAGAGCCCCAAGCCCAAUCAGUGUCCAGAGAACCAUGUUUUACUCUAAACACGGUGCACACCGGGCCUAAAGAGGUAAGGCAGACACUGUAGGUCUGAUCACUGAUUCUUCUAACUGAAGCUGCAUGCUGGGCCAUAGUAACAGACACAGAAUAUGUGGGGGAACAACUGGGAUUAUAUUAUUGAUAAUUAGGAUAUAUACAUAUUAUUUGUGUUUACCCGUGUGAUAUUGUUAUUAAAUUAUGUUCAGGGACAGGUAUAAUAAAAGUAAAUGACCACAUGUUUAAAAAAAUGCUGCGUCGUAUGUUGAUGUCUGCAUGCCUAGAAGUUUAACAUAGCUCUGCCUUGCAAUCACCAGUCAGAUUGUUUGUUUGUUUGUGCAUACUUUCAAUAUUCUUAUGAAUUAGGAGUCAAAAGCAUUUGGUCAGUGCAAUAAGUCUUUUAAUGUUGAGUUUGAGGGAUUCCUCAAAAGAUGCAAUUCUGUGUCAUUGUGCAUGUUGUUCUGUGUUGUCAGCCUCUGUGGGCUUUUUUUUUUUUUUUUUGAUACAGUUGUAGCUUUUUCAUUGAAUUUCAUAGCCUCUGCUGCUUUAUAUCAUAAGAGAAACCAUGAACACUUGUUUGAUCGUAGUUGUAGGAAAACUAAGUCACAGCUUAUGUUUUAAUGUGCAAAAUGUCAGCUGAAAAUGAACUUAACUUUGGAUGGGUCCCCAAAUGCAUAGUAUACUUACAGAUUUUAAUUUACUUAUGCUCUCUUAAGAGACCUAAUUGCCUAGUUCCUGAAUAUUCAGUGAUUGCAAUUAGUUUUUCAUCAGUUUAAUGUAACUUAGCUCCUUGAGCACAGUUUAGGACAUGAUCACAAGUUACAUGGAUUGUACAGUGUUUCCAUGUGACUAGUGUAAAACAGAUUUUUUUAUUUAUUAAUUUUUAAAUGUAUUAUUAUUCCCCCCUUUACACAUUUCUCAGCAGAUGUACUGGGGAGAGCCAUGUUUUCCAUACAAAGGUUUGGCGCUGUAGUUGUAUUGAAUGUCAGGUUAUCGUGCCUGCUUUUUGCAAAAUGAGACUGGUGUUGGCCAUUGGCAUCUCAGCAGACAGACUCCUCCUUGGUGUCCCCAUGGUGUGGGAUUGUGCUGGUCCAAAGACUGUUCCUGAACCGCAGCUCUCUGAAGGGAGGUCCACGGUGAGCCAUCCAGCAGCCCAGACCAGUAGAGCCAGCAUUUAAUGUUGACCAUCAUGACUGAUUGCAGUCAGCCAGGCUCCUUUGGCCAACUCCCCCAGGUGGGUUAUGAAGCUUACUGUGGCUGAGGAGGAGGCGUUAGGACACUUAUGUGCUGAAUACCACCCAUGGUAACUUUGUUUACGAUGUUAUCAGUUACCAGCUCAUUUUGUCUUCAGUCACUGUCAUUAGUGUUUGUGGCACUGAAAGAAAUUACCGAGAUUGCAGUCGUAAUAUAACAAUCCACUAAUCUGCGUUUGCUGGAUGUUUUAAUUGUUUAUUUGAAUGUGCUUGGAUGAAAAUGUAUGAACUUGUCUUUGCACGUAAAAUGUUAUCCUUGUAAAUUUUAAAUUGUCUCGCCAAGUUAGCUUCAGUUGUCCAUAUUUUUACAAGUUCACUUCAUGAAAGGUCUUGUCAUUUAGUGUCCCAUGCAUGUUACAUACAUUGCAUAACUUGUCAAGAAUUGUUCCAGUUAUCUUGUGCUUGUAAUCAAGAUGACCUAUUGAAACAAGCAUUUCGAACCUGUCCAGUUUUGGUCUUCAGCCAUAAGUUUGGUUUAGCAGCAAGAGGCCGCUGCUCAUUGCUUCGUAGCUCCUUUGUAGAGGUUUAUGAGCUUGAUGGGGUCUGAAUGUGAGAUGAUCAUUCUGUCCUGAAAUUGUCACUAAGAUGUUGGGGCUUUGCGAAAGGUUGAUGCCUGAUUGUUGUGCGCUAUUCAGUUUCCGGGGUGUGCUUUUUUUUUUUUUUUUUUCUUGGCUUCAUGAUUUCAUCCUGAAACUGGUCUUCAGACCUGACCCCUUCUUUCGUUACUAAAGGUGUGUUGAAAACCUGCCUGCUUUUAGACCUCCUGCCAUCUCAUUGGAUGCCAAGCCAUGUCCUUGAAGUUUUAACCUGACACAUCCUGAACGGACUCCAUUCUCGUAGCCAUCGUUGUUCUGUGAGAGGAAGAACCUUGCAGACAUUGACACCUCUCUUUAGAUGAUGCUUUUGCACUUUUAAAGAAGUGUUUUUAUGACUGUAUGUGGAAGUGUGAAACUGCAAAACUUUGGGAGGUGUAUUGGUGUAGCACUAUGUGCAGUCAUCUCCCCAUAUAUCAUGGCCUCACGUUGACCCUGUUUUGCCAUCUUUACACCGAAGUGCUUGUUUUUACCAAUAAACAGGGAGAGAAGAAAAAAAUACACUUAUUGGAUGCCGGAAGGACUGUUUACCCUGGGUUCAUAAUGUCGUUCCACUGUUGCUGAAACUUUUGAGGCAGAUGUUAGUUUAGCCAAAUUUACCAGUCAGGUUCCCUUAUGUUCCCCCUGAGCCUGCCUGAAGUGGAGGUAAGGUGAUAAUCCUGAGUUUUAUACCUUCUGGAUUACUGCUUGAACUAACAAACUACAUAGGUUUAGGAGCAGUAUUUCUUCUUUCAUGUUCUGUCAAGAUUUUUCUGAGCAUACACCCACCCAGUCUGUUUUUGUGUGUGGAUCGAUUGUACCCAGUUUAAACACUAAAUAAAUGCCUGCCUUAAAAAAGUUGUUGAUUUUGAGAUAUUCCCGUUGCAUUCCUAACCAGUUAGAACAGAUCCUUUGUUGAAAUAUCACUAUUCCCACAGCUAUCAGAGGUUGUCAAACUCAUGCCUUGCUUAUGUAAUUAAAAAUAAGAAAGGAAGGUAUUAUGCUGCUCCUAGAGUAAGUUUUAUAAAUUACUCACAUGCCCCAUUGAAAGAAGACUAUUUGUUUAAAUGCUGUACACACA